AAACUUGGAAUACGGAAAAAAAAAAAAGAAAAAAAAAAACGUAAGUUCAGUGCAUUGGAUCUACUCUGAAGGACUUCGCUUUUCUCUUCAGAAGCCAGGCUUGGACGCCAUGCUCUCUGCAACACCCCUGUAUGGACCAUUUCACAGUUGGAUGAGCAAUGAGCGGGUUCACAUGUGUGGGAUUAAUGAAGACAGGAAGGUUCCUGUUAGUGAUGGUGAUACCCAGAAAAGCUGCCUGGAACUGACUGAAGGGAACCCCAUCACUCAAGGCAUGGUAGAUGCGAGUACAGCCUGUAGGAUGAAUCCAUUGGCUGCUCUCAGCAUGGACCGUACCGCGCUAAUGAGAGAGAGUCUACGCAUGCACGGUGGCGUGGUGUACCCAGGAGUACGGGCCCUGUCGACUGACAAGGCCAGGGAAGGUUCUAGCGUGCCACUGGGCUAUGUCAGCGACCACCUCUCUGACCUCCACUACAAGCCAGACAUCCCGCUGGAGAGCAGGAAGGCCGCCAAUGGCUACGUCGGGCUAUACAAGAGCCCCCCACCUGGUCUGCAGAAAACUGUGCUGGUGCCAGCAGGGGGGGGAGAUGCCCUGGGGCUCGACCGCCAUGUGGGGCCCGCUGACAAACCAUCCGAGCUGGGUUUAAACGGUAGCAGCAGCUAUUUGCGCAUGCCAUGGGUGAGCCCCUACCCAGAAGCCGCAAUGUACCCUUACUUGGACUCCAAAUAUGCUGCACUCAGCAUGUAUAAAGCCUCCUUUAUGUCGCAGCCCACACCUUACCUGCCCCAGCACCUGCCCUACCAGCCUCUCUGUGCUGGAGCUGGGGGCAGUACAGCUGGUGCAGAGCGUUUGUUCUAUGUGCCCCCGUACCCCCCUGCCCCCAUAUCAUCUCCACUGGCGCCUCCCAUGCGAAUCCCCACAGCCACAGUGGCACCAACUGCACUCUCACCACUGGUUCACUGCCAGGACAAGGGCCUCCAAAGCAUGGGACCCAGGAUGCACCAUGAGCCCUCAGCCUUUGGGCAACAGCUGCACCAGCAGCCAUCCCAGACACACCACUUAUCCCACAGUGGGGGAAGCGCGAGCAAAUCUAGCCGCAUCUCUUCUAGUAAGAGCUCGAGCAGCAGCAGCAGCAGCACCAGUAGUAGCAGUACUUGCAGCCUCCCUGUGGACUCAACACCAGCCAGCCUGAUGCAGUCCCCCCGUACCAUCACCCGCCUUCCGCAGCCCUCGGUUCCACCACCACCCCUUCUUGUGGACAGCAGUUUGGACUUCCAGAAGCCACUGCCUCCAGGUCCCCCUCCAUCGUCAUCUUGCGCAACAUCCUCACCAUCCACUCCACUUUCUUACUACAUGACCAGCAUGGGCUCGGAGCAUGGGCAUUCUUCCCCAGCUCGCUCCACCAGUCAGAAGUCCAAGCUGAAGGAAGGAAACUCUGAACGUGGUGGAAGCGGAACUGAGAGAAGGCCGAGCAAGUCUCCCUCCAGAACAGCGGAGAAGCAUCCCCUGCAGGCCUCUACCAAAGACCCUGUGGAUAAGCCCUUGGAUUUGUCUUCCAAAAUCGAUUUUGGAGACCUCACCAACGGGUUUCCUGCUAAAGCAGAGGCUUUUGCAAAACUUGGUCACUCGCCAUCCACUCGCUAUGGACUGCCGCCCAGCCGGGAGCACCUAAAGGAGACUUUCUCCCCGUCUUCCUCGGUUAGCGUGUCCUCGAAGCCUUCUCAGAGGCCAGAAAUCAUUAGCACUUUGCACUCCUCCUGGGUAGUGCCUGGGCCUGUCCCUGCCCUUACGCCAGAAUCUGGCCAGACCAAAGGUCCUUCAGUCAUCAAAAACAUGAAUCUGGAGCGUGUGAUGCCACAGCAGCGCAGCUCCUCAUGCCCCAGAAUCGGUGAGUCAAACAAUAGCCCCGCUCCCAACCCUGUCCCGGCUGUUGUCACUCCCACGGGUCGCCCAGCCUCUGCUUCCCCCUCCCCCAACAUGAAUGGCGAAUGGUCCAAGCCCACUGCUGCUAGUGUUCCUGAGAAAACCUCCCCAGCAAGCCACAUCAGCAAUCAGGUCUCCUCUGGGAAACCAUCAAAAGCCCCUAAAAGAACAGAAGCUCAGGAGGUCACUUACAAGCCACAACAACCCCACCUAGAGAACGGGCACACUCCAAGCCACCUGUACCUGACCCCGAACGAACCAUUUCUACCUCCGAGCUUGGCAUAUAACAGAUACUUGCCCUAUUCGGUCCCGGACAGCAUGUCCCUCCCUCACAUACAGUUGCCAACGAAAGGUCCCGUGUAUCCACCCCACGUACUUUUGAGCAACACUAGCCUGUAUCCACCACGUUUGGCCCCAAAGCACAGCCUCCCCUACGGACUCCCUCCCAGUCAUGGGGACUUUCUGACCUACCAUGACUCCCAGGAGAUGGUCCACCCGCUGAUGGCUCCUCACUUGGCUCUGGAGACCAAGACCAGUGAGCGGCUGGAGAAGAGACCCCAGUCACAGGAGAAGCCCCGAAGUGGUGAUAACAGCACCCACAGGAGUCGGCACACCGUUGAGGCCACAGACACACCCCCCAAGCACGAUAGGGACACCAAACUGCCAAACAAGCCCCCAGCUGCUGAGCAGGAGAAGGUCGUCUGCAUUGACCUGAUCCAAGGCGACACAGAUGGACACUCGCAGGCAGCCAAACACACAGCUUCCGAUGUCAGGAAAGGGGAUCCCAUUGGACACGAAGGCAGCGGGAAUGCCAGAAAGGAACCAGAGCUGAUGCAACUUUUGAUGUCCAGCCAGGCGGGCGCCCAGGGCGCUGCUGGUCUAGAGGAUGCCUGCCCACCACCGGCCGUCCGUCGUGACUGUGGGUCUCCAGAUCACAGCCAGGGUGAGGAAAGCCCAGCCGAGUGCAGCCCAUUGCCUGACCCUCUGGAACAGCAGACCCUGCGGUGUGCCCGGACAGCGGGUGACCGCACCGGCGAAGAGUCCAACUCCAGGGCUCGGUCUGAGAGGCAUGGCCUGCCCUGCCACGCAGAGCUAAGUCACAGCGCUGUGGAGUACAGCGAUUCCCAUCCAGAAGACGACGAUGACGGCAGCAUCCACAUGUCCAGGCACAAGAAGUCAAGCCUGGCCAAGAGGAUUGCCAACUCAUCUGGCUAUGUGGGUGACCGCUUCAAGUGCAUCACCAAUGAGCUGUACACGGACUCGAGUAAACUGAGCCGGGAACAGCGUGCCCUGCAGCGCGCCAUGCUGCGCUUCUCUGAGCUGGAGCUGAAGGAGAGAGAGGGAGGCAUCGCGGUGGGCCAGGAGCUGGCAGGGGGCCAACCCAGGGAGGGCAUCCAGCGUAUCGGGAGGCUUGGGGACACAGCCCUCAGAGACGGGGCAGAGAUGGACGGUGUGCAGCUUAUGUGCAGAAACAACAGCGUACCCGUGUUGCAGCGGUGCGCCCCGCAGUCUGUGGCUCCGCCUCUUCGGGAGCAGAUUGACAGGGCAUGGGAGGGGUCCUUGGAAGCCUGCUUGCUGACGGCAGAAGUGCCAGCCCUAGGGGACAGGGGCCAUGGCACAGGGCCCACCAACAAGCGUCCACAUGGCGUGGAAGCGGAGGAAACGGAGGAAGACCGAGCGGCUGCUUUGGCGAAGAGACCCCGGCUUAUUGCGGAUGGCUGGCCGGAGGGGCCCCUCGGUCACCCCUGCAAGCCCCUCCCAGAGGAGGUGCGAGACCUGAAGGUGUGCAUCGAGCUGAAGGGACUCAGGCUCCGCAGGCCGCGCCACCUGCAGCACCUUCUGGAGCUCUGGGAGAGGUCAGAGGUCGACCCUGCCCUCCCCCUGCCCCCGCCCUCGGAGCGGGAGGGCGACCCCACUGACAGAAAGGUCAGGGGCAGUCCCCUGGAGGAGAGGCCCACCAAGAAGAGGUCAGAGGUCAAUAGGAGCUGGUGCAACGUGGCGCUCUAUAACGCUGAUGCUGGAAAAGGUCUGACUGCUGCUCCGCUGACCGGACAUCAUGGCCGCUGCCCGGACUUGCCCUCGCCGCAGGAUGAGAUGGAGCGGGCGGCCGGCGGCGACGACACAGACGAGGAGCCGGCCCCCAGGUUGCGGCGGUACGGGGACCUCGAGAAGCCCAAGGGCAAGCGGCAGUGCAAGACCAAGCACCUGAGCCUGCGGGAGCGCAGGAGGGCGCUGGAAAGUCCCGAGGAGCGAAUGGAGCUGGAUCGCAGCCCAGAGUACCAGGUCGGCAUGAAGCUCUCCGCCUCCCCAGUUCAUUACCAGGACUCUCCGGUGAAGCCACGCCCCCCGUCGCCGUGCCCGGCCGCCCCGCUGACCACGCUGCAGUCGCUCCCCUCCCAGCCCUCUCCCCUGGCGGCCGGGAACCCCCCACCGGACACGCCCGCCAGCCGGCCCAUGCCACCAGAAGCGCGAAGGCUCAUUGUGAACAAAAACGCCGGCGAGACGCUGCUGCAGAGGGCUGCCCGUCUGGGCUACGAGGAAGUGGUGCUGUACUGUCUAGAGAACAAGGUGUGCGAUGUGAAUCACCGUGACAACGCGGGCUACUGCGCUCUGCACGAGGCCUGUGCCCGCGGCUGGCUGUCCAUCGUGCAGCACCUGGUGGAGCACGGGGCCGACAUCAACUGCAGCGCUCAGGACGGCACCAGGCCGCUGCACGAUGCCGUGGAGAACGACCAUCUCGACGUGGUGCGGCUGUUGCUGUCCUACGGCGCAGACCCCACACUGGCUACCUACUCGGGCCGCAGCCUUCUCAAGAUGACGCACAGUGACCUGAUGGCGUGCUUCCUGUCAGAUUACUUUGCGGACCUGCAGGGCCGCGCCAACGACGACGACCCCGGGCUUUACUGGGACUUCUACGGCAGCUCGGUGUGCGAACCCACUGAGGACCCAUCUGCCUUUGACAUCCUAGCGGAUCCGCCAGGCCCCGGGGACAAGGACGAGGAGCCACAGCACAGAGAGGUCUUUGAGUUUGAGUUCUCCGACCAGCCGCUCCUUCCCUGCUACAACAUCCAGGUCUCACUGUCUCAAGGACCCCGAAACUGGCUGCUGCUCUCAGAUGUGCUCAAGAGGCUGAAGAUGUCGGCGCGGGCGUUCCGCACGGCGUUCGCUCACAUCGAGGUGGCUACCAUCGCCGAGGCCGAGUUCUACAAGCAGGCUUCCCUCAGCCAGCUCUUCUCCUGCCCCGAGGAGCUGGAGGGCUUCCUGCCCAACAGCACAGAGCCGCUGGACCUGGUGGAGAUCAGCGGCGAGCUGGCCACACUGCUGGGGUCCUCCAUCGAGUGCCUGGAUGCUCGCUGGGACCCUGUUCCCGUGGCAACCUCGUGACAUGGCCACCACCCCCUCCCCCCAUGUACAUUUGUGUAGAUACAAGACACCUAGCAUGGCCUGGGAGGCCCUGCACACAGGGAGACACUCUCCGCACCACACAGAGAGACUUAAUUAUCUUAUUUUUAUAAAUAUAAAUCCUUUUGCUUUGUCUUAUUUUAUACAUGCGGCCCGUUUUUCUUUUCCUGGUGAAAAUGUCAGCAUUUUCUACAGCGUCUUGUAGAGCUGAGACUCUGGGCUAUUGACUGCGGCUGAUUUCCGAGAAGGCUCCAGGGUCACGUCCAUCGACAGCAGCGGGCGGCGCUUUUAUAUAUUAUUCUAAUUUAAGCAGUGCACUUCACCUUUGGUUUACAGACCUGCCUGCCUCAGCAGGUGAAUAAAUAUUGUUUGGAAACUGAAGCUAUUUUUGAAUAAGGAGUUGAAGUCCACAGGAAGCUCACGUCUUUCUGGGAGCUCUUCCUCAGCACUCGAUGUUCAGGACCCAUUUGGUUCAGCCAUCCAGAUUUGGCUUCUACUUUUGCCUCUUAUUUAAGAUAAGAAAUUUAAGAUAUUUUCAGGUGUUUUUUUUCUGUAAAAUACUAAAGAACUAAGAUACUAAAAUAAGCUGUUUGGCAGGAAACAUGCUUGAACUUGUAAAUAAUGAGGUGACAAUUGCAGUAACUGUUUCUGACUGGUGUGUCUAUUGUUUUUGGAGAUGUGCUUAAACUUUGUAAUUAAAAAAAACUACCCUCCCAUUUGUAUUUAUAUUUUACAACAAAGUUCCUUUAAAAUAAAUGGCAAUAAAAGCAUAAAA